AUGAUGAAAAUUGUGAUUCUUGUCCUGGCUCUCGCUGCCUUUGCUUACACAUCUGUAGUAGACGUCAUUCCCCAUCACAGCAGGCAUGGGUAUGGCAACGGAAUCAGCAGCCGAUAUUUCAGAAAGGCUCAAGGUCAUGGCUAUGGGUAUGGACUCGGAUACGACGGAUAUGGAUCUGGAUACCGUGGCCUAGGACUGCAAGGAAUUGAAUAUGGUCGUGUCGGAGCCGGUUAUGGAGGAUACGGAUAUGGAAACGGUAAUGAAGGUUACGGCUAUGGAGGAUACGGUUAUGGAAACGAUUAUGGAAGAUACGGAUACGGAUACCUUUGAGUAGGGUAUGCUGAAUAAAUAGGAGCAA